AUGAACGACCGCUACCACCGGGCGGCCCGGGACGGAUACCUGGACGUGUUGAAGGAGGCCACACGGAAGGAGCUGAACGCAGCGGAUGAAGAUGGGAUGACACCGACCUUAUGGGCCGCUUACCACGGUAACCUGCCGGCCCUGCGGCUCAUCGGGAGCAGGGGAGGUGACCCAGACAAGUGUGACAUCUGGGGCAACACGCCGCUUCACCUGGCAGCUGCCAACGGCCACCACAACUGCCUGUCCUUCCUGGUGGCUUUCGGUGCCAACGUGUGGUGUCUGGACAAUGACUAUCACACACCGCUGGACAUGGCCGCCACCAAGGGCCACAUGGACUGUGUUCGCUACCUGGACUCCAUCGCUGCCAAGCAGAUCACCCUCAACCCCAAGCUGGUCAGCAAACUCAAGGACAGAGCAUUCCGAGCCGCAGAGCGCCGCAUCAAGGAUUGCGCAAAGCUCCAGAAGAAGCACCGUGAACACAUGGAGAAAAAGUUCCUGAAGGAAUCAGCGACGUUAGACAACUUGGAUGCAAUGAGCUUUUCUAGCUACACCAGCGGCAGCACACUGAGCCGCAAGUUCAACACUGUGACCUCCAACAUGCCAUACUCGCAGGCCACCCUGCAUUACACAGCCAAGGGCAAGGCCAAGAUUCAGAAGAAGCUAGAGAAGAAGAAGCAGGUUGAUGGAACGUUCAAGAUCUACGAGGACGGGAGAAAGAGUGUGCGCUCGCUCUCUGGUCUGCAGCUCGGCAAUGACGUCAUGUUCCUCAAACAGGGCACCUACGCCAACCCCAGGGAGCGAUCACGCCUCAACAUCCGUGAUAUGUUCCCCCAUGACGAUGAUGCUGACACCAUCUCCCGUGCCAUGAGCGAUCCAGGCCUCCACGAGGCUGCGUAUUCGGAGAUCAGUGCUGACUCUGGUAAUGAUUCCUUGUUCAACCGACCCGGACUUGGGACCAUGGUGUUCAGGAGGAACUAUUCAAGCGGAGGGAUGUUCAGUAUUGGGGUACGGGAUGAAGGGAGUGUAGCAGGGAGUGAACCUGUGGGGCGGGCGCCUAACGUUCGUCUACGUGGACGCUUGCCUCAGCGCUCGCCCAGUUUUGAUGAGGACAGUAUUGGCAGUGCGUUGAGCCUGCAAGAAAGAAACCGGCAGGAGUUGCCCUGGGAAGAGACUGAGGUUGGGCUGGAUGAGGAUUUCGAGCCAGAGAACAGUCCGCUAGAGACCUUUCUGGCCUCGCAGAGCCUCAGUGAGUUCAUGACCAUCUUCAGGAGGGAGAAAAUAGAUCUAGAGGCUCUGCUGCUUUGUUCAGAUAGGGAUCUCACCAGCAUUCACAUCCCUUUAGGCCCCAGAAAGAAACUACUAGAUGCAUGCAAGAGACGUCUGGACACCAUAGAUGAACCAGAAGCCAUCGUAGACACUGAGCUUUGA